AUGACGUAUUGUUUUGGCGCCGCGGGUCAAACUGCAAUAGGCAGGUCAAACGUCGAGGCUCUCCUCCCAAGCCAACACUGGACCAAGCGAUGGCUAGUGGGACCGAUUGCCUCUCGCCGACCAGGGACGUUUGGUCGAGUGGCGAGUGGCCUCGCUCUCAAUAUGGCAACCCGCGUUCGGGUCCGCCAGGCGUUUCCCGCAAAAGACAGCCUUCUGGGAUUCACGGAUUCCAGAAUUCUUGGAGCGCGUCGGGUAUUUUUCCCCCGACGUCAACUUCAAGAAUUAUGUUAAUUGCUGAAAGGAGGGUGCUUCCCGGAGUGCCCUCCGCUGCACUGCUUUUUGCAAUGUCAACUUAAAUUCAACGUCAAAAAUACUCCGUUUAGAAGCGAUUUUGCGCUUUUUCCAGGCAAAGCUUCUAAAACAUUGCUAUUUCAGAACUCCGCCAAGUAAAAAGAGCAAAAUCACUCUAAACGGUGUCAAUUUGAAAUUCAAGUUGAAAAUGCAAAAAGCAGUGCAGCGAAGGACGCUCCGAAAAAUCUCCUUUCAACAAUUAACAUAACUCUUGAUGUUGACCCCGCGGAAAAAUACCAGACGCUAGAACUACUUACUAGAUCAUUUUCAAAACAUUCUUCGCGUUCAGUUAACUGAUUAGAAAUUAGUUCAAUCAAAAACCAAGCACGCAUUGUUUUUUUUUUCCAGAAAAGAGAUGUUAGAAAGGUAUUAUGUUGACGAGUCUGUCCAAUUUUAACCGCAAAACUGUUUUGAAAACUUGCCCAAGGAAACGUAUCUGACAAUAUUUAUGGAAGAACGAACGAGCAACGUUAAAAAAUUGAACUAAAAAGCUUGAUCAAACUCAACACCCGACAAACUUUGCAAAUAUUAUUAAAUUAUUUUUUUUCAAGCUUGAUCAAACUCAGCUUGCAAAAAGCUUUUUUUGUUUUUUUCAAAUGCGGUGUUGUUUGAAAUUGCGUCGAAAGUACUUUACAGUAAACAAAAAAAGACUGUUGACGUACGUUUCUAUCUUUUUUCUAGAUAUAACACGCAUGUUUGAGACAGUACUACGGUGGCCGGUCAAUAUUGCGCAGUCAGUUUCGAGCCAGGAAAUUUUUUUAAUUUUCUUUCUUUUUUUGCAAUUUGUUAAGGACCUAUUUCUCGAGGUUACAAGGUAAGUUACGUCACAAAAAGUAUAUACACACGAUUUCAUUUUAUUAUUGAAAAAAACCUAUCCAAACUACUGUAAUACGACCGGCCACCUUAAACAGGCGUGCUAAAGUCAAUUUUUGUGAACUUUCAAUUAUUCUGAAACUCAGAAAUCACUGAUCAACUUCGAGACGUUCAAAACAAUAUCUUUCAAGCAUUUUUGGAUUUUUAUCCGCUUUGAGAGUACUUUUUCGUAUCCGCAGUCACUAAAUUAUUCGAUCUCGAGGAAAUUUGAACGAUAAUGCUUUUUUUUGUCGCUUUGAACGUUUCGAAGCGGCUCGACAAGAAAGUCACCGUUUAAAAGUGAUUUUGCGCCUUUUUCACGCCAAAGCCUAUCUGAAAAGAUCGCCCGAGUUCAAAAAAAUAUAUAUAUAUAUAUAUAAAAUCUAUCUAGGGCCCGAGAUCAAAUAAUAAUUGAAAUUUAAAAUAUAAAAAAACGUUUUUUUGAACGUUGAAAAGAUGCGAAAAAGUGGAGAAAUCAAUACAAAAAUCUCUCUAGGGUCCGAGAUCAAAAAAUUGGCGAGGUCAAAAAGGAUUACUGUAAUAGCAUGUCUGACUCUUCAGCCGUGUUCAAAGUGAUUAUUAUUGCAAUUUGAAUAUAAAAAUAAAAAAAAAUCGAGCCGCCUACUCCUGCUUGCCAAUUUUCAGACAGAAACUUUGGAUUCUCCAAGUGAAAAACCAAAAGUGAUGCCGCUGAAGCAUCUUCUGCCGUGCUGUGAUGAGGUCGGCCGGGAGAACCUGACCGGACUCGACUUUUGCAAGUCUUUGUGA